CAACCCCGCGCGAGACAAGCGUAGCUGACGCAGUUAACAAUUGUCACAAUCACACACGCGACGCUCCCGGUCGCCGCGAAUCGGCGCCUUUCGAAAGCGCGAGUGGUUUCUUCAGUUGCACACGAAGCGCGAGGAACGCGGUCUCGAUCAUGCGUCACUGGCGAGCGUUUGCGGUUCUCUGGGCCGCUUUGCUUCAUUGCGGAGGAUGCAGCGGCAUGUCGACGAGAAGUACAGUUCCAGAGCUGAAUGACGGAACAGCGGCGAAGCGCGUCUGCUACCUCAAAGCGUCCGAGUCCCUCCAGCCGGAGUCCCUGGACGUCACACUGUGCACGCACAUCAUCUGCGGCUUCGCGGAUCUGGCCGACGGUGCCCUGGCUCCUCGCCACCCCGAAGACGCCGCGUACUACGCCCGCACCACUGCGCUGAAGCGGGUCGACCCUUCGCUCAAGGUCAUGCUCUCCGUCGGGGGCGGCGGCAGCUCGGGCUUAAAGUUCACGGACAUGGUCAGCACUAACGAAGCACGGACCAGGUUCUUGAACUCCGCGAUUCUUUUGCUGCGCAAGUACGGCUUCGACGGGCUCGACAUUGACUGGGAGUUUCCAGGACAGUCAGAUCCACCGGAGCUAGAUCGAGAGAACUUCGUUCACUUGCUCAAGGAAGCCAAGGAACAAUUUCAGAACGAGUCCAUAGUAACCAAGCAGCCUGCAUUGCUCCUCUCCGUCGCAGUCUCGGCGUCCGAACCGAUCAUCGUGAAGUCCUACGACGCCCCUGGAAUCGGGAGGUACGUGGACUUCGUCAAUCUGAUGUGUUACGACUACCACAUGUUCAAAGUCUACAUGCCGUUCACGGGGCACAACAGCCCUCUCUUCAAGCGCAAAGUCGAGAGCGCCAUCUUCUCGACGCUCAACACGGCCUGGUCGGCCGAGUACUGGGUGCAGAUCGGAGUGCCACGAGAGAAGAUAGUGGUGGGCAUUCCGACGUACGGCCGGACCUACACCCUCGCCGAUCCGACGCACAACGGCCUGGACGCCCCCGCGGUCGGGGAUGGACCAGAGCAAGGGUCUGUCCCUUACUCCUGGGUGUGCGAUUUCCUGCGAGGCGGAGCGACCCGAGCUUUCGACGACGAGAGCCAGGUGUUGUACGCUUUCCAGAACGUCACCUGGGUCGGUUACGACGACUUCAUCAGCAUUCGCUCCAAGGUUGUCUGGAUAAAGGCCAGGAACUUUGGAGGCAUCAUGACAUUUUCCCUCAACGACGACGACGCAGAGGGAACCUGCGGGGAGGGAAAGUUCCCGCUGCACUCCAUGAUUCGAAACAUGCUGACGUGACACUAAACCUUCACGCACAUAAAGCCACAACACAGUGGUCACCAUGAGACACUGUCGAUCGUUAUCUUCCCAGUAACCUCAGGUUCGAAGUGAAAAAAAAGGAGUCCGCGUAUCUGACACGCAAGCGACAGUUCCUCGACAAUAUUUUUAAGUAUACACGUAACCCGAAAAUAAAUAUGAAGAAAUUAGAAAGUAAGGUGAUAUAUGUGUCGCCAUGUUAUACAAUGUGUUUCUCUUUGCUUGUAACACAAUUUUUUUUAAAAGACCCCCUUAAUGGGAGGCACCCACUAAAAACCUUUCAUCUGUUGUUGUUGUUGUUGUAUUUAAUAAAAUUUGUCAGUGUCAUUGG